ACUCCACCAUGAAGCUCCUGAUACUUGUUUCAUUGGUUGCGGCAGCCGCCGCCGAGAAACGCCCGGCCUACAGUCUACAAAGACCUUCUGGUCCAGGUCUGAUCAUAGGUGGAUCAGGAGGCUUCGGUGGCGGCGUAGGGGCCGGUGGAGGAGGCUUCAGUGGUGGCGUAGGGGCCGGUGGUGGCGGUUUCGGUGGCGCAGGAUUAGGUGGCGGCGCAGGAUUAGGUGGCGGCGCCGGAUUCGGUGGCGGCGCAGGAUUAAGUGGCGGCGCAGGAUUCGGUGGCGGCGCAAGAUUCGUUGGCGUCAGCUGUGGAGCUGGACAGGUUCGUCAUGUGGACGGAAGUUGCGUGACUCCUGUUGUCACCAGAAACUCAUUUGUGUAUACUGCUCCACCAGUGGCCCCAAUCGUCGGUCCACGCCCAAAUGUUCCCCUACCAAAGCUUGAACACAACAUUAUCUUCAUCCGUACCCCAGAAGUUGGACUUGGUCAGGAACCCAUUGUGGUGCCACCACCUCAACAGAAGAACGUCGUGUACGUCCUCAACAAGCGACCAGAAUUGGACCAGAAGGUCGUCCAUGUCCCAGCACCAGAACAACAGACUCCAGAAGUGUUCUUCGUCAACUACGCCGACGGCGACAACCCGACUCUACCUACAGGAGAGGACCUCCAGUCUGCCCUCAGUGUUGCUGCUCAAAGUGGUGGUCAGGUCAUCGGUGCUGGUGGUGGCAUUGGAGGCGGCAUUGGUGGCGGCAUUGGUGGUGGCAUUGGAGGCGGCAUUGGUGGAAGCCUUGGAGGCGGCAUUGGUGGAGGCCUUGGAGGUGGCAUUAGUGGAAGCAUUGGAGGCGCCAUUGGUGGUGGCCAUGGAGGUGCCAUUGGUGGUGGCCAUGGGGGCACCAUUGGCGGUGGUCAUGGAGGCGGCAUUGGUGGUGACUUUGGAGACUUCAGUAGUGGUGAGAGCACAGAAGGUGGAUUCAGUGUGUCGACCCCGUCUGGUCUAUAUUCCACACCGUAAACAUGUUAACAACGCCUUCGCCAUCAAGCUCUUGGUCUCGUACUGCAGGACGGAACAACUCAUUGUUUAUAUCUAAUUUAUAAUGUUACUAAUCCUUCCACUUGUGUAAUAUUUAUUUUAUCCAAGUCAUGAUUUUAUUUAACAUGACAAUCUCGGAUAUCACCUGUAAACGAUGACCAAGAUAAAUAUUAACCUUAUUUA